UGAACUGGAGCGUCUAAGCAACCUAGUUGGCAAACCGUCUGAAAACCACCCCCUGCACAAUAGUGGACUGCUGAGCUUAGAUCCUGUUCAGGACAAAACACCUCUCUACAGCCAGCUUCUUCAAGCCUACAAAUGGUCAAAUAAGUUGCAGUACCAUGCCGGGCUAGCAUCUGGCCUUUUGAAUCAGCAGUCUUUGAAACGUUCAGCCAACCAGAUGGGAGUAUCUGCAAAGCGCAGACCAAAAGCCCAGCCAACAACUCUUGUCUUACCUCCUCAAUAUGUUGAUGAUGUGAUCAAUCGAAUCGAUAGGAUGUUCCCUGAAAUGUCUAUCCAGCUAUCCCGGCCAAAUGGAACCUCUGCAAUGCUUCUGGUUACCUUAGGAAAAGUGUUAAAAGUGAUAGUGGUGAUGCGGAGCCUCUUCAUUGACCGAACCAUAGUAAAAGGGUACAAUGAAAAUGUCUAUACUGAAGAUGGCAAGCUUGACAUAUGGUCUAAAUCCAACUACCAAGUUUUUCAGAAGGUGACAGAUCACGCGACCACUGCUCUCUUACACUACCAGCUGCCUCAAAUGCCAGAUGUGGUAGUCAGAUCUUUCAUGACCUGGUUAAGAAGUUACAUAAAGCUGUUCCAGGCUCCGUGCCAGCGCUGCGGAAAGUUUCUGCAGGAUGGCCUGCCACCCACGUGGAGGGAUUUCCGAACGCUUGAAGCUUUUCACGACACUUGCAGGCAAUAG